GCACUGCCUGCGCACCACUGAGCACUACAGGCGUUAUUUCUCUGCUUAGUGUGUAUAUCUCUUCACAAAUGGCAAGUAUUCGUAAAAAGCUGGUGGUGGUUGGAGACGGAGCGUGUGGAAAGACGUGUCUCCUGAUCGUUUUCAGUAAAGACGAAUUUCCAGAGGUUUACGUGCCCACUGUUUUCGAAAACUACGUGGCGGACAUUGAAGUGGACACAAAACGAGUUCAGCUGGCUUUAUGGGACACGGCGGGGCAGGAGGACUACGACCGCCUACGGCCCUUGUCUUACCCGGACACUGACGUUAUUCUUAUGUGCUUUUCAGUGGACAGCCCGGACUCCCUGCAAAACAUCCCCGAAAAGUGGGUACCGGAAGUGAAGCACUUCUGUCCUAAUGUGCCCGUCAUUUUGGUGGCGAAUAAGAAAGAUUUGCGAAACGACGAGAUCGUGAGAAGUGAGCUGUGGAGAAAGAAACAGGAGCCCGUGAAGACGGAGGACGUGCGCGCCAUGGCUGCGCGCAUCGGAGCGCACGCGUACGUGGAGUGCUCCGCCAAAACCAAAGAAGGGAUUCGGGAAGUAUUUGAGACCGCUACGCGAGCUUCCUUGCAGAAGAGAUCCAGACCGGUCACUGGUUGUUUAAACUGUUGUCGAUUGAUGUGAAUGGCGGAAUAAUACGGUCGCAAACAGAUGACACAAUGGGGAAGAUUCACUGGACGCCUAUUGAGAGGUUCGAGGCAGCAGUUCUACACGUCCUCAAGUUGUAGACUUCUCAGGAUUGCUUUUGUGGGUGUGGAGCUGAAAAUGACUCGAUUCAGAGAAAACUACACUUCACUGUGUAUUGCUGUUCCUAAAGUGGUCAAUGUUCGAAGUCGUCUGAGCCACGGAAAAGAAGGAAAAGUUGUGGCUGGCUUAACGUUUAGGCCUACCUUUUUAUGUGAAUGACUUCAUAGUGCACUACGAAUGGGGCUGUUCAAACAGUCUUCAAGUUAUGUAUAGAUCUACCGUUAGGCUACAAAAACCGAUUGUUUGUAUUGUUGUACUUUGUUUUUAUUUGCACAGUAAAGAAAUGGCUUUUGGUUUCCUGAACCUUUUUCACUAUUGUAUUAUAAGCAGGGCUGGAAAUGGAGAAAGGCAGGUGGCAGUGUCCAGGGGGUGAAUUUCUAUGGGUAUGGAGUUCCACCUCAAAAUGUGAAGGAUGCCCAUCUUUUAUCCAUCCAAGUAGUUUCUAAAUGCUGUGCACUUUUAAUACAUAUAAUUGAACUUUCUGAAGCGACGUUUUAAGAAUAUGAAAAAAUCCCCAAGCAGUUAACCUUUGCUAUUUCCAGCACUGACUAUAAGUAGCUAUCUACUAAAGAGACAUAUUAGUAAAAUUCUGUUAUUUUUUUUAGAUUUUCUGUCUGGAUCUUAUUUGAUUCACCUACGACUGGUUCCUAAUGAUAAUAUAAACUAAUUAAAAAUUUAAAGAACAAAUAGUCUAGAUUUGAUAGAUGCAUAGAAAGCAAUAGGAAGUAUCUGUACUGUAUUUAUAUUUUUUCAAGCUGCUCUGUGUAUGACAAUUGAACUUUGUUUUAGAAUGGAGAUAGUUAAACAAAGUCAAGUGUAAAUAUUGCAUUGUAAAAGAAAUGCUUUUCCUGUAAUGCCAUUGGAGUUUAAGUUUGCAUAAAUGGGUCAAAUGUAUUCUUUGGACCAUCCAAACAUUAUGUUGUGUUUAUUGUCAUAUGAUGGGCAGCGAACAAGUAGGCUACUAAAUAUGUUUUGUUUUAAGUUACAAGAAUAGUCUCAGACCAUUUUAAAUGUGUUUAAAAUUAAAAACAAUUGUUUACUCUAAUUUCUGAGACAUUUGCAUUAAGAUAAUAUAAGUAAUGGGAACAUGUUGGUUUUAUUUCAAAUGAAAUCAUAUUUUCUUUAAAUGAGGACAGUGUCUUUAGCACAAAGUUUGACUUUUCUGAUCUUCAGUGUAUUAGUGAAUGAUUUAGAACACAAAAGUGGGACACCUCCCACCCCCCAGCAUAUUGUAAACUAAUUUGUAGUGCUUUUAAAAUGGGCAUUAAAUCGUUUGAAUUAAGUUGUAUUAUUUCUCUAGGGUAUGUGUAGCCUAUAAUCUAUUUACAUAUUUGGAACAUCUUCCUGAAUUUAUUUUUGAAGACUUUCAUCAAACUUAGCCUAAUGCUGUGUUCACACCGCGAACUGUUGCGUUGCUCGCUCUUUAUUACUCGCCGGAAAAGUUCGUUAUUUUCGUGUGAGUGACGCGAGCUGCCAAAAGUGUUCAACUUGAGCGGAAGAUUCGCGUCAUUCGCAUCGCCUGACGCCAGUUCGCGUCUAUUCGCGUCUUGACUUUGUAUGUAAUUUACUAUUUGAGUUUUGCUGUCAGCUUCACAUAGAAGUCAACAUAAUAUUAAAAAUACACUCUGCAUACUAUUUUGUUAUCUUAUUGUAGGUUUAAGGUUUCUGACCUAGUUUGGAUGUCUUUGAAUUGUUUAAGAAUGUCAGAAUGUAAUUUAGUAAUAAACUAAAUGUCUGGGCUAACAAGAAGUAGGUUU